GUCGGGGUGGCCAUGGUGCUGCUGCUGCUGGUCGCCAUCCCGCUGCUGGUGCACAGCUCCCGCGGGCCGGCGCACUACGAGAUGCUGGGUCGCUGCCGCAUGGUGUGCGACCCGCACGCACCGCGAGGCCCAGACCCCGACGGCGCGCCCGCCUCGGUGCCCCCCUUUCCUUCAGGAGCCAAGGGAGAGGUGGGCCGGCGCGGGAAGGCAGGUCUGCGUGGGCCCCCGGGACCUCCAGGUCCCAGAGGGCCUCCAGGAGAGCCCGGCAGGCCAGGUCCCCCGGGACCUCCCGGCCCAGGCCCCGGUGGGGUGGCGCCCCCUGCCGGCUACAUGCCUCGCAUUGCCUUCUACGCGGGCCUGCGGCGGCCACACGAGGGUUACGAGGUGCUGCGCUUCGACGACGUUGUGACUAAUGUGGGCAACGCUUAUGAGGCGGCCAGCGGCAAGUUCACCUGCCCCAUGCCGGGUGUCUACUUCUUCGCUUACCACGUGCUCAUGCGCGGCGGUGACGGCACCAGCAUGUGGGCCGACCUGAUGAAGAAUGGACAGGUCCGGGCCAGCGCCAUUGCUCAGGACGCGGACCAGAACUACGACUACGCCAGCAACAGCGUCAUCCUGCACCUGGAUGUGGGCGAUGAAGUCUUCAUCAAGCUGGACGGCGGGAAGGUGCAUGGCGGUAACACGAACAAGUACAGCACCUUCUCUGGCUUCAUCAUCUACCCGGACUGAGCAGGGCCGCACCCCCGCGCCCGGCCGCCCUUCGCCUCCGCUCCCCUCCUCCCCACUUCAGCCGGCCUCACUCCCGGCGCGACCCCAUCCUCAGAGAACCUGGCGGCGGGGCGGACCCUCCGGGGGCGCCUUCAGCCGCGUGGACGGGGAGCUCCUGGGGAG